AGCUAGCGAGAGAUCGAGUCAGUCGGUCGGUGAGUGCGAGUGCGGCGACCGGCAACAAGAAACGACGGUGCCGGAGCAGCUUUUCAGACGCAGCAGCAGCCGCGUCCGAUCGGGACAAAGAGAUUCAGAUAGGAGAAGAGCAGGACGCGGGUGGACAGCGCGGGUGCCACGCGUCGGCCCAGUGGGGCAGUAGCUGAAUGGCGAGGAUGGGGUGGGACGAGCUGCCGCCUGCCCGCGAACACUCCCUUGCAAAGAGAAGAAGAAGCCGAGCGGCGCCCGGCGAUAUGGCCAGCAGCGCCAGUGAUAUCAGACUGCACACAUUUAGCUUAGUUCCGUUCGUCACGCUUUCGACUGCUUUCCUAAUUUUCGCCGCCUGUGUCGGCCCAACUUCGAGUGAGCCUUUGGCCGCUGUGCCACAACCCUUCAAAGCCUCAGAAGAAGGUUUAUCAAAGUGCAAUCAGGCGAGAGCAGUCGGCGGGUGCAGCUCGUGGAUUUCCAAGUGGUAUUACGACUCGCAGAAGGAACUGUGCGACGUAUUCCAGUUUAGCGGCUGCGAUGGCAACGACAACCGUUUCAACUCGCAGGCCGAAUGCGAAUAUCACUGUCUCACCGGCGACCAUACGCUACCACCGUACAUGACGCGGUUGGACGGGCACAGGGGUGAAAGCAACCUUUUAGAGGGUGCAUCAGGCGCGUCUGCAGGGGAAGAUUCGACCAACGAGAUUCCUGAAGACUUGCUGGCGCUGCCGGGCUCCGAGAGCCAGACUUUCACGUUCGCCACGCCAAACUCGUUUAUCCAGAUUGACAACAUCCCUACCUUCCAGCUCAGGCUGACGCGGCAGCUGGACCUCAAGUUCCGCACCAAGCUGCCUCACGGGAUUCUCGCCUACCACGGCGUCAAGGACAGGCCGGCCGACUUGCCGCCCUACGCGCUCUACGUUCUCGUUGAAAGGGGGAAGCUGAAGGUGGUGCACGUCAUUGGGGAGAACGCCACCUCGCUCACAGUAGGAAAAGGACUGAACAGAGACAAGUGGCACUCGGUGAUGGUGCGGGUAAACGUAGAGACUGGUGUUCUGCUUGCUACCUUGGACGGCGAGGUGAGGAUGACCGAGAUCAUCGGACUGGGAAACGGAGACAUCGCGUACGGCGUCAGCACUGACAUUCAAUCGGUCGUGUCUGUCGGAGGUUUGAGUCCUGAAGAAAAACUACACGGAGUCAAGUAUAUAAUCGGCUCAUUUGUUGGCUGUAUCAAGGACAUCUCGUUGGAGUCCGGCGAGGAUGCUGCCUACUUGGCAAGGGUGUCUCCUCUCGUAGCAACAAAGUUCGAGCACAUCACGCAUGGCUGUCAGGAUAAGUGUCUCGCCAAGCACAAUUUGUGUUUCGAAGGCAGCCAGUGCAUCAACCACUACAGUCACUACACUUGCGACUGCUUCGGCACGCAAUACGAGGGCGAGCAUUGCGACGUCUACACGGCCACCGUGCUGACCAUGAGGGGCUACUCGUACAUGUCCUACAGGGUCUAUGACUGGAAGGAUCGCGUGCACGCCUCAGAGAACAGAAUCAGCGUUAUUUUUAAAACGCAUUUUGAUGAUUCGACGCUGUUCUACGCCAGCGGCGAGUCGCACAAGCACCACCACCUGUCCAUCUCCAUUAUGAAUGAUUCGGUGGUGAUUGAACUGGACCUCGGUUCGUCUCCGAUCAAGGUCCGGAUGGGCGAAAAGUACUCAGUGACCCGUGGCCACUGGCACAACGUCACCGUCGUGCAAAAGGGUGCCAAGGUCAAGUUCACUUUGGACCACGAGAUGAUCGAGGAGGAGGUGCCCGGCGACCAUCACCACCUCUACUUGGACCCUGAAAUCUGCCUUGGAGGUGGCUCGAGACCCAACAGCAGACAAGGUAUGCAACCGGCGCAGCAUCGAGUCUUGUAUUCUCUGAUUUCCUUAUUCUCGGCAGCUGGCUCGAAGAACAAUUUCGUGGGGAGUUUGAAGUACGCGUACUUCAACGACGUGAACCUGCUGUACGAACUGGCGAAGGGCAACGCCAGGGCACGCUACGUGUCGCUGUUCAAGCCUGACUUCAAGGAGGAGGAGGUGGGUAUCCUGCCGCUCACCUUCCCCUUCCCGGCGUCGCACGUGCUCUGGAACCUGCAGAGCAAGCACCACCUGAACGUGCACUUCUACUACAAGUCCAGCAAGGGCAUGGCUGUGCUCGCCUCAGGCAACGUCACGGCGCCCGCCCCGGGCUUCUGGGAGCUGAGGGUGGUCAACGAGGAGGUGCGCUUCGAGCUGGUCGCCGGAGAAAACGAGACGCAAACCGUCGCAGUGACCUUCGACCCCAGGGGCAGCUGGCACCGCGUCGGCCUCAUCUUCAAGGACGGCUCCGUUGAUCUGGACGUAAAUUACAAGUUCCAUCGGAAGCAGGAUAUCGGGGCUCUUGAGUUUGACGACAAAAUCAUGCUGGCAAGCAGCUACCGACGCAACACUGGAUUGGUCGGCUGCUUGAGGGAAAUUUCAGUAGACAACGUGAAACUGGAGCCACGCGCAGUAGUGCGGAGCGACAGAGCUUUUGGACAGGUGUCCAUGGAUAACUGCCAGUUGGUCGACCCCUGCUCGCGGCCUGAUGCCUGCAAACACGGCGGUCGGUGCGCUGUCACGAACGACAAAGUCACCUGCGACUGCAAAGACACCGGCUACACCGGCAAGAACUGUCAUUUUGCCGAGUUCAGGAGAACGUGCGAGGAGUUGGCGUUGUUGGGCUACACGAAACCCGACGUUUACUUGAUUGACAUCGAUGGCAAUGGAAUUUUCCCGCCAGCGCACGUAAAGUGCGAGUUCAAAGAGGACGAGACCAAAACUAUCAUAGAACAUAAUCUUCCCAGCCAAGUGGAUGUGAGGGGCCGUCAGUUUGGAAAUUUCAAGUACAAUAUCAAAUACCGCGAAUUCUCGCCAGAGAUGAUCCAGGAGCUGGUUUCGCACUCCCUCUACUGCUCGCAAACAAUCAAGUACGACUGCUACAAGGCACCUCUGGAAUUGCACGCGGCAACAUGGUUCAAAUCGUCAGCUGACACAGACAUUAUCGACUACUUGGGCACAAUGUCACCAGGGGUUUGUCCUUGCAAAGUUAACAACAGUUGCGAUGGUGGCAACGACUGCAACUGCGACUCCAAACACUCCAAGUGGCUGUCGGACGAAGGCGUUUUCACUCGGCCUAAGAGUCUUGGCAUCACCGAAAUGUACUUCAUGCAGCAGGCGGAACUGGAUGCCGAAGGCCAGGGCAGAAUCACCCUGGGCCCUCUGGAGUGCGUCGAAGCGAACACACAAAAGUACGUGGUGACAUUCACUUCAACACAGUCGUACAUCGAGGUACCUGGAUGGCGCACUGGUGACCUGGCGUUCAGCUUCAGGACGACUGGCGAAAGGGCAAUUCUGUUGCACCAGCCGCCGAUCAGAGCCAAGCAACCUGCUUUCACCGUCAUUCUGUCAAAUGAAAAUGAGCUGCUGUUCAAAUUCACCCUGGAAGGUGGCUCGGAGCGGGAAAUGAAGAUCACGUCGGACAGAAAACUGAACGGCGGCGACUGGCAGAAGAUCUGGAUCGACUACAACGAGCACCACGUGCGUUUCAUGAUCAACACCAGGGUCGAAAUGGUCGACCUGAAGCCAGGAGAGCAGUUUGGACCCUUCGGAGGCUCCAUGUUCGUUGGCGGCGCGCCUGACGAAUUAUUGAGCGAUGCAGAAGUGAGAGACGGUUUGGUGGGCUGCUUCCGUGGCUUGGUGGUCAACGACGAGAUCCUCGACAUCUACGCGUACAUCUCGGUGCACCUGUCAGCCAUCAUCAAAGACUGCAAGCCCAGCUGCGACCCCAACCCCUGCAAGAAUGGUGCGUUGUGUAAGGAGGGGUGGAGUUCAUAUGUGUGUCAGUGUCAGAACCCUUGGGCUCACUUGGGUGACCACUGCGAGCAAGACAUCAACGAGGAAGGUCUGACCUUCCGCUCGGAGGACGCGUUCAUCCAGUCGGUGACCCUGGCGACGAACGCCAAUCUGAUGGAGAAGCUUGUUCGCAUUUUAACGGAGAACGUGCUGAUCAACAUCCGGACGCACCAGAAACGCGCCCUCAUCCUGCACGCACACGACAACAACAACAACUUCAUCAAGCUGCAGCUAGAGGAGGACACCAUUGUCUUCUCCUUCAAUUCGGGCAAUAAGAUCGAAGUGCUCAGGGCCAAGCACGAGGGCUUGAGCCGCGGGCAGCCGGUGCAGAUCGCCGUGAUCAGGGGCGACGGCUCGACCAGCCUGCACGUUGACGAGGCCACCGACUCAGUCGUGGCGCCACUGCACAUUCUCAAGAACUACACAAACAAACCGUGGAUCAACCCUGAGCUGGAGACCCUGGUGCCGCAGCGCCCGCUCGCUCCACCCACGGGCUACUUCGUCCUCUCGGUCGCCGGCUUUGAUCCCGAAGGCUUCAGGUCGCAGGCUAACCCUAUUCCGGGCUUUAUCGGCUGCCUCAGGGGCUUCAGGGUCGGUGACAUCGACUACCUCAGCCUGCUCAAAACCACCGGUGAACGUGAAAAUAAAGAAAUGAUCAGUGAGGGUUGCAACAUGAAAUGCGAUCAGACGCCGUGCCAGCACGAGGGCUACUGCACUGAGGAUUUUGUAAAGAACGAGGCCAUUUGCGAUUGCUCUCACUCCUCCUACUCAGGUCCCACCUGCGCUGAGGAGAAGGGAGCUCACUUUUCGGGACACUCAUAUCUCAAAAUAGUGCUUGGAGAACAAAGUCCGGCUAGGUCCUUGAAAGUCCAGUUUGCCUUCUCCACAUUCGAAGCAAACUCGGCGAUACUGCUCCUGUACAACAGCUUGGAGGACGCGUAUUUUCUUGCUGCGCUGGACGAAAGGGGAAAGCUGGAAAUCGAGGACCAGAAGAGCAACGGUUCCAACGUAAAGACCGAUCUGGGAACCGGAUUUGCUGACGGAAAGAGGCACUCUGUUUUGUAUGUGAGAGACGAGGAUGGCAAGGUCACGUUGUUGGUUGACAGGAAAAUCGCGCAGGUGUCCGUGACGGACCAGAUCAAUGAUGACUACGGUGACGCCGUCAUCUCCAAGCGGUCCAUUCCGACGACCGACGUCUUCCUUGGCGGCUUCAGCAAGAGCGACUCGAUUCUCCUGGACAGAAUCGGCUCGUUUAACAACUACACCGGCUGCCUCAGCAACGUGGCCGUGGAGGUCGCUGGCGAGGUUUCCCGACCGCUAGAAGAGUACAUGGGCUUCUCGCGUAAUAAAACGGAGACGGUAGUGCCUUUCAAUUCAGCCGGCAUCAAGUCGGGAUACUGCGCUAAAUUCGCGGUCGCCGAGAAGUCGGCACCAAACUUGCUGCCGACGCUGACCAACGUUAGCAUGCUUGCCACCGACCGUGAGUGGAAGGACAAGGCGUGGGUGGAGGACCCGCCCAGCAGGAUUCCCUACCAAAUUACUCACAAAAUCAAAGUCAAGGAAACAGACAAUACUAAUACAAUUCUGAUCGUGCUGGCGUCGAUAUUUGUAAUCAUCGUGAUUGGCUGCAUCAUUGAGUUGAUCAGAAACAACCUCGCGUAUAAACGCAGACAGCGCCAGGAGGACGAGAUGUGGAUGCCGCCAAAAUACACAGAAUCGGUCCUCAAUCCGCCGGUCAAGAUAAUCGGCUUCAAAAAUCACGACGGAGCGCAGAACGGCACUGAACUGCAACCACUGACGAAGAGUGACGGUAUCGAUUCUAACCACACUUCGCCACCAAACGGUUCUCCACCACAGAAGAAGGUGGAAAAUGUCAUUAAAAAUGACAAUUCUGACGCUGAGCUUAAAUGGGAGCCACAGGGCGAAGGUGCUGAGCUUCUAGGCGAGCCGAGCGAUGAGGUGGCGGACGCGAUGAUCCAAAGCCUGGACCACCUGGACAUGGAAGAGGGCGACGACGAAGUGACCGCCGAAGCCGACCGCUCGAGCGAAGAGCCGACCUCCCCUGCCAGCACGAUGGACCAACUGUCACCGCUGCCACCACCGCGCAAGCACCACGUCUGCAGGUACGCGGACGCCGAAUCGAUCGUGCUGCCGCCGCGGCCGCCGCGCUGGAAGCCCAAGCUGAUGGCUGAGGUAACCGCCGCGCCCAUAUUCCUUAGCGAGAACCAACGGACUUUCGGCAAUCCGGUCAGCUACCUCGGUGGGCCGCUCGUCAAAAAUAUGAAACGUGCCAGCAAGGAGAGUGUCUUGUCGCUAGACUAGAGAGUAGUAUAAAUAAUUUAAAUUGGAACAAGUUGGGCAAGAGAUGAAUCUCCUACUCUUCUGCGUGAGACUUUUCUUGAAUGUAUACAGGGGAGAGCACCUUUUAAUUAGAAAAUCCUCAAUUUUUGUUACUGUUCUAUAUUGUGUUUGAUAAAAAGUUACAAUUUGUUAAAGAAAUAGUUCCAGGUAUUUUGGUCUGAUCCACGCCUCCGUAGCUUUAAAGCCAUAUUUUUAACUCUCGUAAUUUAUUGAAAAAAAUUUUACACUUAGGUAAAGAUUUUAUUUUUGGAAUCUCCUAGGCAAGACGAAUCUAAUGAUAUGUGAUUGUAUUUCAUUUGGAGAAGUUCAUGGUCUGGGAAAAUCGCAAGCAGAAAUAUAACGGCUUGUAGUAGAGUUUUCAAUUUUCCAAGCUAGUAUUAAUAAAAUAUAUGGCUUUAUUUUGAUUGUUUCAUUUUAAUGAGUUUAUGUGCAUUCAACUUGUAGAAAAAUCCGAGUACAUUAUUAAAACGGCUUUACUAGAUAUUUAAGAAUUAUCCUUUACCAAAUUUUCAUAUCUAAAGUCAAACUAUGAAGUAUGGUAGCAUGCAAAAAAUAAAUAUUUUCGGAUUACUAGGUGCCCUCUUCAUGUUACAAAUUUUGAGAUAAUUCUUACGCUGCCUGAUUUCGUAGUAUUGCUGGAUCACACUCUUGAGAAGUAUAAAUUAAUAUCUAGACCUACUCUGCUCCCUGCACGAUGUAUGAAAUCGUUGCAAUGCCAAAGAAUGACUCUUUUGUAUAGUCAACAGGCAGAGCCAAAGUAAUACAAUGCGUAAAAACGAGAUUAAGAAACAACUGCCUAUAGUUGGGUAGGGCCUAAAAUUUAGAAUAUCAUCUGUUGUUCGAGCUUUUGAUCUGAUUAUUCAAGGCCAAACCACCGAUUCAUGACUGAUACCCGAAAUUUAGAUUUUCUCUUGAGUUAUCCAAGCAGAAGCAGCAGUUCAAAUAGCUGUAAAUGAGACAAAAAGUGCAUUUUGUCCUGUAAAUAUAUACAUACUUAGUCUUGAGUGUGUUCAACAAAAGCAAGGGCGGUUGAUUUUACCCAAUUUUAAUGAGCUGUAAAUAAUUUGGCAAAUAUUAUUAGCAAAAAAGAUGUAUUUUUAUUCACUCGGCGACCAACUGAUGAAACGCACCAACGCUUAUGUAGAUCUACUUAAACAAAAGUGUUAAAUAUUUUUUAAAACGUACUUCCUGUUUCAGAUUGUUUGAGAGUCUACUGAAUUGUAAAAUAUAUUUUUAAAGUUUAAUGAGUAUAGCGUGCCAUGUAAAGCAUAUCGAGCAGAAAAUAAUAAAAAGUCUGCGUACUCCACCAACA